AUGACUGUGAAUAACUCUGAUGAUAAUUUAAGCUGCCCAAGUAGUCCUAAAAAUACUUUAACUAUACCUAAUUUAAAUACACAUGAAGAUAAUCCAUCAACACAAGACGUAAUUCAAUCAAAUACUACAGAAGUUGAUAAUAAUCACAAUAAUGAUAAUAAAGAAAAUGUGCAAUUAUCAACUGAGGAUAAUAUAAAAAACAACAAUAUGAUAAAUCCUUUGGAUAUUGAGACUACAAUAAAAACAGAAAAUGAACGUAAUCUACAAAUACUUGAUAAUGAUAUUGAAAAUACAUCAGAUAAUGUGAAUAACUUUCAAAAUAAUUCUAAUUUAGAUAAUAAUAAUAUUACAUCAUCAGCUGAACAGCAUGAUAUGUUUUUUCAAAAUAAUUGUACGAUAAUAAAUAUUGAAGAGUCACCACCGGAUAUUAAAAAUACAAUAAUUGAUGAAUUAAACUUAGAAUUUGAUGCAAAUUUGAACAUUUCAACAAAUUCAUUACUAUAUACCACCGAAAGUGAUAAUGCAAGCUCACCAAUUCAAACAAGCACUGACAAUAUUAUGUCAUCCGAUAUUAUAUCAAAUAAUUCAGAUUCACCAAAAAGUUUUAUAAAAAAUAACAAUGAAACAACCACAUCAUCACCAAAACCCACAACAGCAUUUGUUGUAAAAAAUUUCAAAACUGAAUUAUACGAACCAAAAGUAUAUCGUAAUAAUAUUGUUGAAUUCACUGAGAAAAAAUUAGAUUAUCCACGUGAUAAUUAUCAAUCCAUAUUAGAUUCACCUCCAGAUGAUGACAAUAUACCAAAUAAAUCAUAUUUAAAAGAUUUUUGUUAUGAUAAUGAAUCAACUACAAGUGACUAUGUAACCGAUACAGUUUUAGGUAUAUUUGAGAAUAUAUCGGUAGCUGGAGUAUUAAGUGAUGAUCAUAAAGAUAUAUCAGAAUUGGAAAAAACGCAUUUAACAAAUUUAUUAGAUGGUUUUAAUGCAAGUUGCCUUAAUGAAUCAUAUGAAAGUUCACCAGUACAUCAAACAGAUACAAUGCGUAAAAAUACACGUAAAUUAAAGAAUCGAAAUAAGAGUCAUCAUGGUGUUAAAACAUUACAAUCAAUAUUUCGUUCAAAUGAUUAUUUAUCCAGUGAUAUAUCAAGUGCUAAUUCAGAUUUUAACGAUGAUCCAAACGAUUUAAAAACAACAACUCAAUCGAAUACAAAAAUUGAAACAUUUGCUAAAACCGAAGUUCAAUUACCAAAUUUAAAAAUUAUCAAUAGUGUGCAAAAGACACGUGAAAAAAGUCCAAAGUUAAUCAAUCAGGAUACGACUUCUAAAACUCAGAUUGAAAAACAUAAAGAAAUUCAACAACCUCAAAAAGAGAAAGAUACUAUUGAAGGUUGUACCAAUUUUGUCGAAGGAUUUUUAAAUAGUACUACAGAGACACGAUUAAAUCAUCAAAUCAGCCAAGAGAGUGAAUGUUCUGAUGAGAAUCCUGUGGAACUUGUUCAAUAUGGACAUACAAAAAAUACUGAUCCCAUUUACAUUGACGAAAAGAAAUUAAAAGAGAACAAAGAAAAAUUACUUGAACGGUAUGUUCGUGCAAAUCAAAAUUUGUUAAAUAUUGAAGGUAAUGGUGACCCCGAUUUUGGUACUCCUGUCUAA